AAAAUACAACGUCGAAACGUCAUGUAGAGAGAAUCUUAAUACAAUAAUAAAAAUGGCAGUGAGUCUGUUUGCCAUCAUGUAAACAUAAUAUUUGAUCCUGACUGUACUUCGACCAACGUACUGUAAAAUAUUAUUAUUGUUAGUUCGAGGAAAGAUUUAUAGUCAAUCGCAGGGCAUACAGCUUAUUACAGUUUACAGUAUUUUGGUGCCGACCACGGAUAGAGAGUAACAGUUAACAGCUGAUCCCGACAUUUCGAACCAUAUUAGCGAAGCAUUGGAAGCAUGUAUUAAAUUUUAUAGUGUUGCCUGGUGUUAACAGUUGCCACUCAGCACUAGUAUUGAAGUUCUGUGGUGUGCACAGUAGUGUGUGUAAUAAUUGGCUACAUAUUAUGGUCAAAUGUAAUUGAAAUUGCGUCAUCAACAACUACGUUGGAAUGCGGUGCUUUCAUUUCAUUCUUUGAGAUUUUUUGUAAAUACAGAGUUUGUAUAUUUGUGAUGAAUCUUGCAAUUUAAUAUGGUAUUCAACAACUUUGGGGAUCGCUCGCGUCCUUUAGGAAAUUUAAAUAACGACACUUGUCUAACCACAAGACGUGCAAAUGCAACAGUUAUCAGUAACGUGUAUGAAGGAAUUCCAGAAACAAUUUUGCUUAAUGUUGUCUCCUGGAUUUUACUUAUCCUAUUAUUCGCCAUUUUACGAAAUAGAGCAUGGGAUUAUGGUCGAUUGGCUUUGGUCCACACUGAAAAGUGGACCCAGUUGUUUUACAAAAACACAGAAGACGCAGUUGCUGUCGAAGAGUCAAGUACAGACGUUUCUCUUAUUCCUGAUACUGGUUGUUUAUGGUUUCCUUCAAUUUUUAAAAUAAGUCGUGAGAGAAUUUACACACGCUGUGGCCCUGAUGCUUCCCAUUAUUUGUCGUUUCAAGAGCAUCUGUUGUUUUUGUCAUCUGCAAUAAUGAUAUUUUCAGUUUGUGUUAUCUUACCUAUCAACUUCCAAGGUACUUUACAAGGAGGCAAAACGACUUUUGGUCACACUACUGUAAGUAAUUUGGAGCCAACUUCUAAUUGGUUGUGGGUACAUGUUAUUGCAAGUUUCUGUUUUGUACCUUUAACUGUCUUAAUUAUGAGAAGAUGUUCGGGACGGAAGCCCAGCGUUACUGCAUUGACGUCGCGUACAAUAAUGAUCACGCAUAUUUCACGCUCUCAAAGAAAUUCAGAAGAUAUUAAAAACUAUUUUACACUAAAAUACCCUGAUAUUGAAAUUAAAGAUAUCCAGAUUGCAUAUAGGGUAAAAAAAUUAACCAAAUUAGAGAGAGAGCGAGAAUUAUCUCGCGAGGCGAAAAUGUACUGUAUACUUAACCAUAAACCAGACCUUAAAGUUCAGCCCUAUGGUUGUAUUAUAUGUUGUCCAUGGAAAGCAAAAAACGCCCUUUUAUAUUAUACAGAAGAAGAAACACGUCUUAAUGAAUUGGUGAUUAGAGAGAGAAGGACGGUUUUGGAAAAUCCUCUUGGAAUUGCUUUUUUGACGCUAAAUUCGGAAGAAAGUGCGCAACACGUGAUCAAGUCAUUUGAACCUGGUUCUGUCAGACACUGGUUGAUCACUAAAGCGCCAUCCCCAUCUGACAUAAAUUGGGAAAACUUAGAAAUUUCUUACAGAAAUUGGUACUCAAAAGCAAUAAUAAUAAAUGGGAUAUUAUUUCUAGUGCUCUUCUUCUUAACAACUCCUUUGAUUGUGGUUAACGUUUUCAACAAUCUAACUUCAGCCCAAGACAUUUUUGUAAGUAAACUUAGUCCUGUACUUUCUGAUUUUCUUCCAACUCUUCUGCUUUUAUCAUUUUCUGCUUUAAUGCCUGUUCUUGUGGCGUACUCAGACGAAUGGAUGUCACACUGGACCAAAUCUAAGCAAAAUCAUGCGACUAUGCACAAAGCCUUCUUCUUUCUGUUAUUCAUGGUUUUGAUUCUUCCCUCAUUAGGAUUAACAAGCGCACAAGCUUUUUUCGAGUGGCCUUUGCAAUCUCAUAAUGUAACAGUACGAUGGGAAUGUGUAUUUCUGGCAGAUAAAGGUGCUUUUUUUGUCAAUUAUAUUAUAACAUCAGCUUUAAUUGGUACAGCCUUGGAGCUCCUUCGGUUUCCAGAACUUGCAAUGUACGUCUUUAGAUUUCUUCGUAUUAAGUCAGAAGCAGAAAAGACAAGUAUUCGUAAAGAAAUUAUGUCUGAAUUUCCGUUCGGCAUCCAUUAUGCGUGGACUCUACUUAUCUUUACAAUAAGCACCGUUUACAGUUUGACGUGUCCUUUAAUUACCCCGUUCGGUUUACUUUACCUUUGUUUGAAACAUUUCGUUGAUAAAUAUAACAUCUAUUAUGUUUAUAGACCUAUAACUAUGUGCGGAGAAGGCCAACAAAUUCACGCGAGUGCUGUUAAAAUGGUACGAGUUGCUAUAUUCGUCUUACAGUUAAUAAUGGCCGCAUUUUCAUUCAUCCGAGGAGGUUUAAAUGUUAAGUUUUAUGUUAGUUUAAUGGGACUUUUUGUUACUAUUGCGUUUUUCUGUUUCUUGAGUCCAUUUCCGUCGUGUAAACCGACUCAGUCGAAUAUUGCUAAUUUUCCAGAAAGCAGCGAACAGUAUGUUGCCCCUGUCCUUUUAAGUUCGCAAAAUGUAGAACAAGGAAGUGAAGUUAUUAUAUCUUCUCCAUCUUACGGUUCUAAUGUUAAUGAAGUAGGUGUCCAGUUAAGGUCGGAUAUGGGUUCUUCUAUUGCAUAAGUAUAGUUUUUGCUUGUGGUAUGGCUGUGAGCUUAGUUUAUAAGCAAAUAUAAAGGUGUGUAUUUUGUAUAUUUAAAAUAAAUAGUAAAAACGUAAUUAAGUACAUGCACGAUAAGUAUUUCAAUAGUUUCUUUUUAUUGUAUUGACCCAGUCUCAAUCAUUAUGAUUCCUGAUAUAAGUUGUCAUUCAAACGAAUCUUUAAGACAGAUUCUUGCUGACAAUUUAUGUCGCGAUCAACUAAAAACUUUAUCCUUUUAAAAUAUUUAUAUACUCAUAAAUUCAGAGAGGAAUUAUAUAACGAUUGUAUUCUGUAUAGUUUAAUUUGAGGACUUGUUAUAAUGGUUUUCUUGUUACUAAUAAAUUUUGCAAUUAAUUAUUUUCCUUUGUUUUUGUCUGUUUUUUAACUGUUGUACACUUCGCUAAUUAUUGUUGUUAAAUAGCCGACUAUUUUCAAAAAUAGCGUUAAUAGCUGGAUAUUUAUCAGCUUUCGAUUCACUAACAACACUCCUACAAACACCAAUAACCUGUUUCUGACUUCUUCCACACAGAACUUACUCAUACAAAAUGAAAAACCAUGUGCAAAAAAAAAUGUAUUACAAAAUUGCAACAAUUAUAAAUUAACAAGUUGUGAAACAAAUUCUUCUCUGAUCAUCAGAGUACAAAAACUUAAAUUUUAAUGAUUCUUUUUUGUGGGCUUGACAAGUUUUUCAUACUUGCUCUUGCUGGAAUACCACAGAGCCAAUGGAAUAGCUAACGAUGGUGUAGUCAUGAGAGUAAACGCCAACCAGUCCCAACUAUGUGAUGAAAAUUUCUUGUCAUAAUCCCGAAAAGCAAUAAUACCACCUUCUCCUGGUUCACUGCUAAGAGAGAUCUGUACCUACAAAUUAAGAAAUUGAUAAAAAUAUAAUAAUUAAUGAGUAAAUAAGUACCACUGAAGAAUCAGCAAUCUUGUAAGUCACUUCGGCACUAGUGAAGUUGUAGUAUCCGUAACGCUUUGGUCUCACAAUCACAACAUGAGAAACAUUAGUCUGGGGCGAAAUUCUAUCAAAUUUGGCUGAUAAGUGCCCUCCAGCUA